AUGGUGGGCGUCGGCCGCCCUGUGACCGGCGCCUCCGUCCAGUCCGCCCAGUCCGGCGACGAGCUGGGGGCGCUGCUCGGCACGCUGGCGCGCCAGAACGGCCGGCGGCGGCUGCGGCGCGCCGGCGACACCGACGGGCAGGGGGUUGUGCAGGCGCAGGCUGACACAGGGUUUGUGUUUUCUGACCUCGUGGGCGGCGCCGCCGCCCUGCCGUCCGCUGCGCCCGUGGCCCUUCUGGAGUCCGGCGACUCCCCCGGGCCCCCAGUCCAGGUCGCCGUCGGCCAGUCCGCUUUGGUGACAGUCCGGGUGGACUUCAAACGGACUGUGACGUCCCAGGACUGGCGCCUGGAGGGCGCCAUGUCGAUCGCGAACCCGGGCGCCGUUGUGCUUACCGCCGGACUGCCGUUCGUCGUCGCGAGCUUCGCCGACGGCUCGUCGCAGUCCGCGCCCGUGGACUGCCCGAAGACCGCGGUCGGGCGCGCGGGGAAGAUGCUGCGGCUGCCGCCGGCGCCGGCCGUCGUCCGCUGCGCGUGGAAGCUUCCCCAGCCGAUCGCGCAGCCGCAGGGCGGCCAGGUGGUCGCGUAUCUGCAGGGGGCGUCACCGGUGCCGAUGAGUCAGGUGACAAACUUCACGUUCAUGGGCGCGAAGGUCCUGGAGGAGGGCAGCUGCGCGGCGGUUUCCGCCACGUGGGAGGUCAGGGGCGGCGCCAGGGGCGCGCCCCCGCCGCAGCCCAAGGCGGCGAGCGGAGGCCGGCCGGGCAACCCGGCGCCGAGCUCGGCGGCGAGGGUCUGCGUGUCACAGAACUACAUCUGGACGCUUCAGGUGGGGCCGUUUGGCGCGCAGCAGUGCGCGGCCGGCGCCGGGUCCCUGCAGCUCGCCGGACUGGUGUCCGCGCAGCCGCUGAGUGGGUCGCAGUCCAAGGUGGCCAAGGCGGCGACGUCCCAGAUCACCCUGACCGGCUGCCCCCCGCCAGUGACGCCGUCGCCAAUCCCCUCGGUGCGGGCAGCCGGGCGGUAG